AACAAUCGAUAGCCACUUUCUCGAUAUUCCGGUAACCAUAAAUUAUUGCCGGCGCAUAUCGCACGAGAGGAAAUUUUCAUUUCAACGAAUUGAGCUAUAAACAGGCUAUUACGCGGAAAGCACAUAUAAAUUCCCGGCUUAAACCGCAUUUCGAAGUCGCAUAAAUAUUGACAGUCGGCUAGGAUAGCUAAUCACACCGACGACGACGACAAUGGCCAACAACAACUACGCUGGGUUCAACUACGGCGGCACCCAGUACAAUACUGGCCAGGUCUCGUACCCGGCGGUAACCAACGCCACCUACGCGAACGCGGCUGCCUAUCAGAACGCCGCCGUGGCCGCCGGACAGGGUGGCUAUGGCGGCGGAGCAGCCGGAGCAGGCGCUGGCGCCUCCUCGGGCCCAGGGGCAGGGGGGUACGGUGGCUACGGCGACUACCGCAGUGCCAUGCAAUCGUACGACGCCACCAAGACAUUCUAUCAGCAAUCGUCGGCCAGCUACAACGCCUCCGGUUCGACAGCCUCGGUCAGCAAGACGCACUACUCGGCUCCGCCAGUCAAGAACCAGGUCAACAAGGGCAAGAUGGACAAGUCGAAUGGUGGACCCAAGCCCCCUAGCACGGCUCCGCCGUCGGGCAACAACUACGGCUAUGAUACGGCCCUCUACAAUGCCGCCAGCAUGUAUGUGGCCCAGCAGCAUCAUCCCAACCAGAAGCCAAAUGGCGGCGCCAAUAACUGGUAUCAGCGCAAGAUGGGGCCGAACAUUCCCGGUGCUCCGGCUCUGAGGGGCAUGCGUCCCAAGGCACCGCCACGCCCCCAGCAGCUGCACUACUGCGAAGUGUGCAAGAUCUCGUGCGCCGGACCGCAGACCUAUCGGGAGCAUCUCGAGGGACAGAAGCACAAGAAGCGCGAGGCCUCGCUAAAGAUGUCCGCCAGUGCCACCAGUACCACUCAGAAUCGUGGCAAUAAUUACCAUUGCGAGCUGUGCGACGUGACCUGCACUGGCACCGAUGCCUAUGCCGCCCAUGUGCGCGGAGCCAAGCACCAGAAGGUGGUCAAGCUGCACCAGAAGCUCGGCAAACCCAUUCCCUCCGAGGAGCCCAAGAAGAUGGGCAAGAUUAACUUUGUGCCCGCCGCCGCUGGGGCUGGCGGAUCAGCAGGAGCUGCUGCUAGCGCUGCUAAGACUGACGGCGGCUCGAACGAAAGCGAUGCAGCUGGAGACCUUGAUGAUAAUCUGGACGAUUCGUUGGGCGAGAACACGGACAAUAUUAAGCCGGUGGGCGGCGAGUAUAUCGAGGAGGUCAAAGAUGAGGAGGGCAAGAUACUGAGCUUCAACUGCAAGCUGUGCGACUGCAAGUUCAACGACCCCAACGCCAAAGAGAUGCACAUGAAGGGCCGCCGCCAUCGCUUGCAGUACAAGCGCAAGGUGCAGCCCGACCUGGUGGUGGACUUCAAGCCCACUCCGCGCCAGCGUCGUCUGGCCGAGGCCCGUGCCAACCGGGCCAUGAUGUCCUCGCAUCGUGGCGGCGAAGAUCACGACGGCAGCUACUGGGAGGAGCAGCGCAACCGCCAGUACAACGAGGAGUAUGACUACAACAACUGGAUGUCCCGCAGUUUUGGAGGUGCCCAGCGCUUCGGUCGCAUGGGCAAUGGACCGCCGCCGCACUUUGGCAUGAUGCCCGGCGGAAAUGUGCGCCGCCCGGAGAGCACCGACGAUCGCCACGCCAUAGCGCGUCACGCCGAGAUCUAUCCCAAGGAGGAGGAGCUGCAGACCAUCCAGCGCAUCGUCUCACACACCGAGCGGGCCCUGAAACUGGUCUCCGAUGCCCUGGCGGAGCAGCCCAGCGAUGCCGGAGCGUCCAACAAGAAGGACAAGGGAGACAAGUCGUCGGAGAAGGAUGGACGCGACAACCAGAUCUUCUCGUUCCACAAGGACGCUGACAACGGAGGCAAUGUGGUGCGCAUCCUGAAGGGAGUGAUGCGAGUCGGUUACCUGGCCAAGGGGCUGCUGCUCCACGGCGACAACGCCGUCGAGUUGGUUGUCCUCUGUGCGGAGAAGCCAACGGCGGGUCUCCUGCAGCGUGUGGCCAAUGUGCUGCCCGACAAACUUAAGGAGGUGGCAGGCGACAUUCAGGUCAAUUAUCGAGUGGAGGUCAACGCUGAGGAUGCCGCCCUAAUCGUGCUGGAUGAGUCUGUCUCGGUUAAAAUAACCCUCACUUCGCCCUUGCUGCGCGACACCAAUCCAGGAGAGGUUUCCACCAGCGAAGAUGGUGAAGGCGAUGCUGAAUACUUGGCCCGAGAGCCCUGUCUUCGUGCUUUGGCUGACCUGCGACAUGCCAAGUGGUUCCAGGCCCGUGCCACUGGCCUGCAGUCGUGCGUCAUGGUCAUUCGCAUACUGAGGGACUUGUGCCAGCGCGUAGCCUCCUGGCAGGCACUGCCUCAGUGGUCCUUGGAGCUGCUCGUGGAAAAGGUGAUCUCGUCGGCUGGAUUUCCAAUCUCUCCCGGCGACUGCAUGCGCCGCAUCAUGGAGGCUUUGUCCUCGGGCUUUUUGAUCAAUGGACCUGGCCUGCUGGAUCCCUGCGAGAAGGACCCGACCGACGCCCUGCUGGACUUGACCAAGCAGGAACGCGAGGAUCUCACGGUGUCGGCACAGCUGUUCCUGCGCUACAUUGCCUUCCGCCAGAUAUACAAGGUGCUCGGCAUGGAGCCGCUGCCGGCCAUGAAGUUUCCCAUGCGUCCGUGGCGCGUCAACCGCAAGCGACGCAGGUCGUCGGGCAAGGCCGGUGGUGCACCCGGCGGCGAGACCGAGUCCAAUGACAUCGACGAGACCGGCUCCGAUGAGAAGGUGGCCAAAAAGGAGGGCGCCGGGGCCACUGCCGGUAGCGCCUAGGAGGCGGAUUUAGGUUAUAUACACGUAGUCGGCUACUAAUAUUACGAUUUCUCUCAAGAUUAACGCGCGCCCAAGCGCCACUUAACUAUAACCAACUCUUAUCUCUCCACGAGUAUUCAAACCAAUUGGGACACGUGGAGCCAAGCAUGUCCAACAUGAUGCCCGAUUGGCAAUUAGUUAACCCCCUAUACACAACAUCCCUUUAACUUACAAUACUUAGCGGAUCAUGCAACUUGUAUUUUUGUAGCAUUAGUGCAACGGAAGGCAAUGUAUUCUGUUUAGAUGUGAACAUCUCGGUCCCCACACGAUUCACACACAACAUAUAUAUAAAUACAAGAACGAAACGGAUUUUAAUAAAACGUAAUGAACAACUAUAA